AUGAGAACCGUCUCGGAAAUGCUUCAACAGGACUUAAACAUGACCAGGAAUACCUUGAUGCUCCGCGGGGGUUUGAGCACCGUGGCCCUGCUCUCGGAGCCCGGCAACGCCGCGCUGCUCCAGCAGGCCGGAUGCAAGUGGCUGGAGGAUAUGAAGGAGAAGAACUCUGGCGAUGCUGGGAGCAACGGCAGAGGCAAGAGGGAAACUAGGAUAAGACGACCUAUGAAUGCCUUCAUGGUGUGGGCCAAGGACGAGAGAAAACGACUAGCGGAUCAGAACCCCGAUCUUCACAACGCCGAUCUCAGUAAAAUGCUAGGUAAAUCUUGGCGCAGCUUGUCUCUGAUGGAGAAGCGGCCUUUCAUUGAUGAGGCGGAGAGACUUCGCGUCAAGCACAUGGCUGACCAUCCCGACUACAAGUACCGACCACGACGCCGCAAAGGUCCCAAGCGCACCAUGAAGAGGAACACCAACACCGCUCAGCCAACAGGUGGGUCUACGGUAGCAGGUGGAUCCACCACCACCAGCAGUCCUGGUACCCCGCUGUCAGCGCCUGCCACACCGGUCUCCAUGUCGGCCAGUUCCCCUGAUCACAUGGGGACCAGCUCCCUGCAGACGCCUGACAUCACACCGCGCACAUCGCCGACACCGAUGGACAAUGCCAACGCCAUGCCAGAAAUCAAGUUCAAGGUCUCCCCGAUCAACACCAUCGACUUAAGCUACACCGCGACUGGCUACUCGGAACCCCUCGCUGCGAUGGGUCUUCCGACACCGGAGAUGUCACCCUUGAUGAUGGAGGACAACGUCUUCACGUUCCCCAAUCCUGGACUCGAGGGGCCAAAUCACAUGCAGCCUUACGCUACAAGCGCUCAGAGUCCCCCAUCUCCCAUGGUUGGGCAGGACAGAAUCAACAACGGUGGGUGUUACCAGUUCAACCCCAUCAAGAUGGAGGGUCAUGGGGUUGAGCAGGAUGGAGUCAACAGCACCGGAUGCGGUGACUUCAUGCCGAUCAAGACGGAGAUGGUCAGCCAAGGACUUGACAACAUGAACAUGUCGGCGAGCGCCACGUUGAGCAGCCUCCGGGCUCUUGUCAAUGCACCUCCGCAUAACCAAAACAGCGCCGUGACGUCGCUGAUCUCACAAGCUCUCUCGCAGGCGCAGCAGGAGCAACUGAUGCAACAGCAGCAGCAGGAGCUGCAGCAGAUGAACAACCUGACGACCAACCAACAAGCCAGACCUCAACCCGCCGACACCUUCACUCCAUCCCAGUACCCGAUCAGCUCGGACGAGCUGAACGGGAAUGGGCUGACACCUGACCAAAUCUCCACUCUGAACGGGCUGAUGCAGCUCAGCGAUGCGGAGCUUCUCUUCGAGCUCAACCGUGACGAUCUCCCCAUGGACAUGUACCAGCUUGACUCUCUGCCGCCACAGAGCGCCUACACGGACAAUAACUUCGCCACAGACAUGCUGACAAACUCUUUCAUGUGAGGUGGAUUCGAGAGACAUUUUUGUUUAUUUGAAAGUUGGGGACUGAAGCUGGUUCUCCAGUCCCGCUCACUGAGCAAAACAGUUAACUUUGUUGCACAUUGCACGUGAGAAUUUUACAAGCAUGGUUCGCGUACUGUCAUGCUUAAAUAACGAGUAGAUUACAUUGAGUUAUACUUGUUCAGCUAUAACGCUUUCUCGGAAUUUCUAAAAUACUUUUACCGUCUUGAGUUUGUAAAGGUUGUUCACGCUCUACUUUUAUUGGUUUAUAGCGCUGUAAUUUGCUUUUCCACCCAGACCUUAAUCUGGUUUUGCGUUUCACUACAAGUAUCCACAAGUAAAGCCUCACUGAAAAGAAUUUAAGAAGCUUAUUUCAAGCUUAUUUCGAGUACCUUUAUACAGGAAGUUGUGUUUGAUCCCGUUAAAUGCUUCCUUAAAGUUUUUGUUCAAGAAAACUUGAUUGUGUUUCACUUGUGGAGUUGUACAAAGAAAACAUGUAUAGGUUCAUUAAUUGGUUAGUAUUAAGUUAUUAUGUUGUGUUGUUUAUUUUGGUAGUUUCACCUUUUUUUAAGAGCCGCAAAAGCAAGUAGGUGCAAACUCAAAAACUAGAUAUUCGUAGACCAAAUUAAUGACAACUUUCUUGUGAUGUUCCUAUAUAGAGUGAGUGCUUUUUUGUUAGAAUGUGCAAUUUUGGCGGGGUCACGUGCGGUUGGAGGGUCCGCUACAAGUUCACCUUGGCUGGAUGAUGUAUUUUGUUUAUAAACAAAAUGACGUUAUCAACAUUCCUUGGUAUGAAUUUUCUCUAGUAAUUGCACGGGACCCGGGUCAAUGUAUUAAAAAAAAAAAUGCUGCAUCUGAACAGGUAGUGAAUAGAUUGUGAAAAGAGUUCUUAAGCCUGAUUUUAAGUUUUUAUUUGUUUUUGUUUUUGAGUUUGAUCAAUUUCAGGUUAUGCACAUAAUUGUUUUGAUAUAAAAAAUUCCAUCAUAAUUAAUGCAUUUUGUUAUGUACCAAGUAAUUUUCCACUUGUAUACAGAACUCUAAACAGCUUAAAUUUUUUUGUUUGUUUCUCGCCUUGUGUUUAACUUUUGAACUCUUGUUAAUUUGUAAAGAUGUCAGCAGUAUUAUGAUAAAGACCAAUGUUAUCUGAUUAUUUUAUUUGUGUAGAUGAUAAAUAUUUCGCAAGAGUUUUCGAGCUGACCUGGGCAUUAGAACGAGUUUUAAGAUAAGGAUAAUUUUGCUGCCUUUUUUUUUAAAGGUUGGGUGUAAGUUUGUUUGGAAUUCAGAUGUUGAGAACUUGAAGAGUUGAGAUUCUGUUGGAGGUUUUGUUUUUAAUACAUUGUACUUCUGAAGAUGAUGAGCCAUCUUGAGAUGUUGAGGAGAUUAAAGGCUCCAUCUUUCCCGAUCAAGGGUCCCUCUGCUCUUGUAAAAGCAUCUUAGAGAGGUCCCCUUGGGAUCUUGCAUUCAACUCGAAGAGGAAGCAAUCGUGUUGCCGCUGAGAAGAGAAUAUGGCUGGCUCUUCCUGAGUUGGAAAACCGAUAUGUCUUGAAUGCAAGAUCAGAGGGUCACUUGAAUCAGGGGCUCUUUAGGGAGCGAGACUUCAGAUGUGGGUCUUUUUGAACGCGUGCCUUAUGGAUUUUUCCCGCCAAAAUGCCGUGUGGUUCACACAUUUGGGGGAAUGGCACUUCAGUUGUUUGGCGCCGAGGAAUCUUUCCUUCUCUUCGUGAAUAUUCAUAUAUACUGUGUUCCCUUCCCGUGAUUGGUUGAAGCGUUUCGUGGUGCCCGGCAAUUUUUGCACAGGUCUCAGUCACGAUUUUGGUUUUUGGUAACCCGUGAAAUGUGACGCGGGCACUGAAGCUUUUCAACCAAUUUGUUUUGGGCGGGACAAAAUACAAUAAUCACUGUAGCUUCCUUAGUAUGUCUUCCGAGAAUAUUGCAGUAUUAUACUGUCGAAUAUUUUGGUGUGUGUGGUUAUACUAACAUGGUUUUAAGGAAAAAAAUGUAUCAUUUAGAAUACAAGUCGGUCUUUGUACAUUUGUAACAAUUUUUAUUGUCUUUGCAACCGACUAUCUGUAAUGAGAAAGAGUCAUAAAGAUGGUACAAAUUCACAAUGAAUGGAAUAUGAAGGAUUGGUUUGCCCUAAAAAAAAAUCAUGGUAUAUGAGAAAAAAUACUUUCAAACAAAAAUACAGAAUUAUAUUGAUUUUUAAAGUGUGAGAGUUUGAUGCAAUUGAUGAGGUGUUGUUAAGUUUGGCGCUGGUUCGCCAUCUUGUUUUCGGCUGAAUAAGAAAAAAAAGUUGUAGAAGUAUUUAAUGAAAACAUUUUCAAGUUGCACCGGAUUCGUCCGUGCAUUGUAAAGUUUAGAGAAAAAAAAGUGUAGAUGGAGUCGGUUGUUGUUAUUAUUAAGAUGUUCAAUUUCUGAUCAUCAUUGAGAGGGCUUUUUCUAUGAUUUGAGGUAAAAUAAACCAACUGACUUUUAUUCUAAAACAAAGAAAA